AAUGGGUCGAAUCCAAAAAAUCGUUGGAAGAUUCUAAAGAAAAAUGCCUUUUGGAUGAAUUUGAAAUGAAAAAACAGCUAUUGAUAAAAGAAAACAAAAAAAACUGGAAAUAAUGCAACUAGAGUAUGAAGAGAGAAAAAAGAGGGAAGAUGAGCACUUCGCGAAACCCUGCAUUUUCAUAUGUCUGGUAGGUUACCUCAAAACCACUGCCCUGAUUAUGUUCAAAUAUGAAGUACGUAUGCCUGAUAGUACGUCAGUUGGCUACCACAUCUACUACAGGUUACUGCAGUUGAGCCAAGUGAGCAUCUUUAAUAGUCAGAAAGUCAAUGACUUUGUUUCAUGUGCAGUAUCGGACUGA